UACCGUUUAUUUAUAAUUUUGUGUUUAAUAAUCGCUUUUUAGCAAUGUUUUUGCGUAAGCUUAUUGCAGUUAUAUGACUUGUAGUAAGUGGAAUUAAUUAAAAAUAGUUUGAUUUGAUUUCAUAGGUUGGCGACAUUGGAAGCAGAUGUCAAAAUUUUUGGUUUGGUUAUUAUAAUUGUUUACCUCCACUUAUUAAAAACUUAAAAAGGGAAAAAUUAUCAAAAAAUGACGCAGACCUACCCCACCGAUUGGGAUAUAGACAAAUACCGCAACGACACCGACGUUGAGGAGCAUUGGCAGUUGCGUAGAGAGUUUAUGAAAGCCCACAAAGAAAAAUUUCCAGAAGACUACUUGGUUGCUUUAGCUACAGCUUUCACAAACAUGGAAUUUAUGGGUUGCACUUAUCCGGCUCCUUUAAUGUUGAGGGUGGCUGAAUUAAGUAAGGAGAUUGCUAUGAACUACAGAGAAGUUAAAAAGACGAAAUUGCAAAGAACAUUCGUAUCAGCGUCAAAUGCAGCAGAAAAUAAAAUCAAGAAGAGACAGUCUGACCCAGGAACUUACACAAGUAAUAAGAGGCCAAGACAGUGAUAAAAAUAACUUAAUUUUUGUACAAAAAACAAUUUUAUUUCACUUAAUUAAUUGGCGAUUGCAUUAAAAUUAUUUGUCAAG